AUGCGUUCCGACUAUGAUAUCAGUAACCUUAUGUACGGUGCCCAAAUGGUGGCCGAAUUCGACUUUUAUCAGGAUGCCUUGCAAGAGCUUGCCCUCGUCAAUUCUGACUGCUGUGGGCUUUCUCGUGCUUGCCACUUCUCCGAGUUCAAAUCCGACUACAGUCCCCAAAAGACCAUGCUUCUGCUCAAACUCGCCAAGGGGACGAUUGAGGGCCGCACCGAUCCCGGCAUCCUAGACUGUGUGCGGAAAUUCACAUUCAAGCCCAACCCAUGCCAGCUUCGCGCUGUUCACAGUGGCGUCUGGCGCAGGUUCCAAGAAGAUCGUGGUGAAGAGUACGGAGGAACUGCUGAAAUUAAGGAAAAAGGUGCAGAGAUCUUCAAACUGAUCCAACAUACUGUGGCCCUCAAUUUCAAGGCCAUGCCCAACCUCGAGACCCUGGUCUGGGAUUUGAAUUUCCCACUAAAUAAAGACACCUGGUUGCUCUUGGCCUGCUCUACAGCCCAUAACCUUCUUAUCAACGACACCCUCAUCGCUGAGAGUUUUUCUCUAGGGCCUCCUCUGACCCCGCCGUCCUGGCCUUUGCGAUCUCUCGUUCUGAAGAAUUUCAGGUUGGUGGGCUCCUGGGACCAAGAGAAUAGUCAACGUGGCGUAUCACUGCGACCUAACCCCACCCAUGGCUUCUUCAAAAGUCUUUUCCAGCUUUGCUCCCCAACUCUCGGAUCACUGACCUGGGAGAGUUGGCAUCCCGAGGCUUUGGAGCCUCUCUCUCUCUCUCUUGGGACCGACUCGAGGCCCUUUCCCAAACUGCGAAAGCUCCGAAUCAGGCCUGGUCUCGAUAUAAUGGAUAGACCAAGCUUUCCUUCUUUCCUUUCUGCGCCACUCAAGUCCCUUGAACUACGUCACUCGUCUGUUCGGUUAUUUGAGGAUAUCAUUAGUUCCCAUGUCGAAGAGCCAUAUCGGGAUCUUGAGGAGCUUGUUGUUAAAGUUGCUGAUAAUCUGCAGCUUAUCACAGAAUUGAUCCUCAAGCCUAAUGGCUUGAAGAAGUUUUGGGUUACUCAAAGUUACGACAUAAAGGGUCGAUUCAACAACCUCCGCUCCUUGUAUAUUCAAUGGGGUGGUCAAAAUAAGGAUGCUGGCCACGGCAAAGACCAUUUCGACAUCUCGCCAGAAUCCCUAGCGGCUAUCUGCAACUUACAACUCUGGAGCAGUUGGGCCUACGCUGCGAUGAGAUGA